AAAGCAGCGUGAUGGGAAAGUCGUGCAGGUAGAACCAGUCCGGCCAGUUCCCACUCUCAGGUGUUCUGUGGGUAUUUCUGCUCUGACGGACAAGUGACAGCUUCUCAUCGCAGACCUCAGUGUGACACAACGACUCCGAGCUCCACAGACACACAACAGUUUAAUACUAAGUAGUCAAGAUGUCGCGGAUGGUCGUGAACCAGCCGCAGCCUGUGAUGGAAUCCAGGGAGUCGGACGAGUGGGGAUCAGGGAUCUGUGACUGCUGCCAGGACGUCCCUGAGUGCUGUUGUGCUUUCUGGUGCUGUCCCUGCUUCGCCUGCAUCACCACCAGGGACUACGGACAGUGUCUCUGUCUCCCCCUGCUGGACAUCUUUGGUCUCAUCCCGCCCGCCGCCAUGUCCAUGAGAGUCUCCAUGCGGCAGCGAUACGGAAUCAAGGACACCAUGUGCAGGGACUGCCUGUUCGCCACCUUCUGCAACCCCUGCAGCUGGUGCCAGAUGUCCAGAGAGAUGAAGAAGAGGAACAUCUCCGUCCUUCUGGUCGGAGCCAAACACACAUGAGACACACGUGAAGAACCCUCGACCCCCUCGUCCCUCGUCACACGAAAAGGACGAGGGACCUGAAGUCCAGACUGAAAACUCCAGCAGCGAAUGUUUGCCUGAAAUAUCGAAAGUUAUUUAAGCUGCUAAAAAGAGAAAUGAAUGGAAACAAGUGGAUUUUUGUGGAUUUUCUGCUGAGACUAAAAUUUAAUUCUUAUCAUUUGUAUUUACUCUUCACUUUACUUUCAGAAAGAAAGGACACAGUUAGAAUCAUAAGAGUCUUUUAUAUAUGUUUUUGUAUUUUUGCUUUAUUUAAAAGAUAGAUUUUUUCAGAUAAAUAUUCCAACGUUCAAACAAAAUCCACAGUCGAUCAAUUUCAAACUUCAACCAAGAGUUUGGUUAAAAAAUAUAGAUUUUUUCCAGACUGUGUUUUCUUGAUUCGCUGCAGCAGAGAAAUAAUGAAACAAACAGAGAAUUUAAUAUGAAAAAUAUUGUAAUUUUGGCUGAAACUUCCAUUUUGCUUAAAUUUCAUCUAAGGAAUUAUUUCUCUGUGAUUUGUAUCCCCAUCUGUAAAAUUGUGGACGAUUACAUCGUCCAGGAAAUACCAAUUAACAUAUUGAUGAACAAUUAACAUAUUGAUAAUCAAUUAACAUAUUGAUGAUCAAUUAACAUAUUGACGAUCAAUUAACAUAUUGAUUAAAGCCCUUUGCUUCUUCUUGCUCUUAUAAUCAAACCUGCUGCUUAUGUUCAUCAUCAGUCAAACCUGAAGUAGAUGUUGUUGUGGCUUUAAUUAUUGAUUUAUAAAAUUAAUUAAAAUGUGAAAAAUUA